CCCAUCCUUGUCGAGGGCGCACCCAUCUACAGGGUUCGUAAGAUUUUGGACAUGCGCCCUCGGGGCAGUGGUCAUCAGUACCUAGUGGAUUGGGAGGUGUACGGUCCUGAGGAGAGGAGUUGGGUUCCCUCUCGGGACGUGCUGGACCGUUCGCUGAUCGAUGAUUUCCUCCGUUGCCGCCAGGUUUCCUCUUCGAGUGCGCCUAGAGGCGCUCGAAAAUCCAUCCAAACCCACUCUAAGUCCAGCAACAGUAAAUGUGAUGGAGGGGACCUCAGUAAGUCUGAUCUGCUCUGCUGCAGCCCCCUGUCCCUCACUCCCUCCAACUCUGACAUGGACCCCCACACUGAGUGACAGUGUGGAGGAUUUGCAGGUGACUCCGAAUCGAGUCAUAACUUCUCUCCUGAACUUUACCGCUUCACAUGUCCACCAUGGGGAGAAGAUCUCCUGCACUGCGCUGUACAAACGACAAGCUGGCAAGAGUGAUAAAUCAUCCAAAAUGUAUCUGACAGUCGCUGUUCUUUACUCUCCCAAGAACACCUCAGUGUCAGUCAGUCCCUCUGGUUCAGUGGUAGAGGGCAGCUCUGUGACUUGCAGCAGCAAUGCUAACCCAGCAGUGUGGCGCUACAACUGGUACAGAGUUAUUGGAGAGCAGGUUUCAACAGUGGGGGCUAGCAGAAUGCUAACUGUCCAGGUACCAGCAGAUGACAGUUCUUUCUACUGUGAAGCCAUCAAUGACCAUGGAACCAAGAACUCAUCUGCCAUUCAACUAGAUGGAAUGUCCCCUCUCAAGAACACCUCAGUGUCAGUCAGUCCCUCUGGUUCAGUAGUAGGGGGCAGCUCUUUGACCCUGACCUGCAGCAGCAAUGCCAACCCACCAGUGAAGACCUACACCUGGUACAGAGUCAAUGAGAGCAAGAUGGUCCCAAUGGAGUCUAGAUCCCCAUUUCUGGUUCUGCAGGACAUCAGCGAGAGUGGACUGUUCUGCUGUGAAGCACAAAAUAGCUAUGGCAAAGAUAGGUCCAACAUCUUUCACCAUUGCCCCUCCACAACUACAGCACAAACAUCAGUUCCAUCCAUAAUCUGUGGAGUGGUCUUUGUCCUGUGGAUUCUAACAGUCAUCUUCGGAGUCUAUAAAUAUAUCAGAUUAUCCAGAGGACUGAAGGCAGUAGGUGACACCUACGCCACACUACAGAUCUCAAACGUGACCUCUACUUAUGAGGUCAUACAGGUGAGAGCACUCUUUAGGCUAGUAUUAGUGAUUUGCAUGCCAAAAAAUAUCCCUGCAAUUCUAGCACCUUUGGAAUUGUGUAUACAAGUAACAUUUAUUUGACCACACAUAACAUAUAUGUGUAUGUGUGUGUGUGUGCGCACAUUUGUGUGUGUGUGUGUAUGUGCGAACAUGCAUGUGUUUGUGAUGUAUGUCAGAGGACAGAGUGUGGCAGCAGAGAAGCACACAGAGAGACCAGUGGUAGUGAUAUGUGAACGCUGCAGAGGGGACAGCGGCAGUAACACUAUGAGCGUAACUCUGGAUUCGCGGUUUCAGGCUCUACCUGAGAGACGUGAAUACAGGGAACGGGGCAGUCGACCUCAUCAGAAUCGUUUUAAUCUAUCAGAUACAUGUAAAUAACAAGUUUAAAUCAAGCUUUUCACUUUGUCUUCUCCAAAUAUUUUGAUUUUACCAUCGAUUUCCACCCUUUGUCUCUUUCAGUUCAUCUAUAUGACGAAUCUGGGUUUAGCAUAAGCCAGGAGAAUGCUACAUGACCCAUUACAUAGUGCCACGUGUAAAGUUUGGUGGAGGAAUAAUGGUUUGGAGCUGUUUUUCAUGGUUCGGGCUAGGCCCCUUAGUUUAGCCCCUUAGGCAGCAGUUUGGGGAAGGCCCUUUCCUGCUUCAGUAUGACAAUGCCCCCGUGCACAAAUCUGUUAAUGCAGUAUGUGAAUUGGAGUGUGUCCAUGGUUCUGGGAUAAUGGUGUUGAUGUGAGCCAUGACAAGCCUUUGAAAGCAUUUCAAGACUACAAAUGUGAGUGCUACAGGGCGAUAACAGGGUUACCUUGGUGUUCUUGUAGGUAUUACAGACUGGUCAGGGAGAGAUUGAUAAUGUCAGUGAAGAUACCUGCCAGCUAAAUGGCUAUUAUUCAACGACAAUCAUGUUCUUGGAAAUUGCAUUUCCAUGUAUUUUAAUUUGUUUAACACUUUGUUUGGUUACUAUAUGAUUCCAUGUGUUAUUUCAUAGUUUUGAUGUCUUCACUAUUAUUCUACAUUGUAGAAAAUAGUAAAAAAAAUAAAGAAAAACUCUUGAAUGAG